AUGGCGGGGGGAGUGGCGGCAUGGCUGCCUUUGGCCCGCGCGGCGGCCAUCGGCUGGAUGCCGGUGGCCAGCACGCCGAUGCCGGUGCAGCCGAAGGAUAAGCGGCGCGCGCAGCCCGCCGGGCUCAUCGUGCUCAACGUCAGCGGCCAAAAGUUCCAGACGUGGCGCGACACGCUGGAGAAGUUCCCCGACACGCUGCUGGGCAGCACGGAGCGAGACUUCUUCUUCCACGCCGACACCAACGAGUACUUCUUCGACCGCGACCCCGACAUCUUCCGCCACAUCCUCAACUUCUACCGCACGGGCAAGCUGCACUACCCGCGCCAGGAGUGCAUCUCGGCGUACGACGAGGAGCUGGCGUUCUUCGGCAUCAUCCCCGAGAUCAUCGGCGACUGCUGCUACGAGGAAUACAAGGACCGGCGCCGCGAGAACCAAGAGCGCAUCCAGGACGACGAGGAGAUGGACCCGGCCAACGACGUGGUCGUGGCCGACCUGAGCUUCCGGGAGACCAUGUGGCGAGCCUUCGAGAACCCACACACCUCCACCAUGGCGCUGGUCUUCUACUACGUCACCGGCUUCUUCAUCGCCGUGUCGGUGCUCGCCAACGUGGUGGAGACCGUGCCGUGCGGGCCGGGGCCGAACCGCGGCGCCGAGGUGUCUUGCGGCGAGCGGUACGCGCUGGCGUUCUUCUGCCUGGACACGGCGUGCGUGCUGAUCUUCACGGUGGAGUACCUGCUGCGCCUGGCGGUGGCGCCGAGCCGCUACAAGUUUGUGAAGAGCGUGAUGUCGGUGAUCGACGUGGUGGCCAUCAUGCCGUACUACAUCGGCCUCGUCAUGACGGACAACGAGGACGUGAGCGGCGCCUUCGUGACGCUGAGGGUCUUCCGCGUGUUUCGGAUCUUCAAGUUCUCGCGGCACUCGGCCGGGCUGCGCAUCCUGGGCUACACGCUGAAGAGCUGCGCGUCGGAGCUGGGCUUCCUGCUCUUCUCCCUCACCAUGGCCAUCAUCAUCUUCGCCACCGUCAUGUUCUACGCCGAGAAGGGCUCCAGCGCCAGCAAGUUCACCAGCAUCCCCGCCGCCUUCUGGUACACCAUCGUCACCAUGACUACGCUCGGGUAUGGAGACAUGGUCCCUAAGACCAUCAUGGGUGGUGUGUGUGUGUGUGUGAGUGGUGUGUGUGUGGUCAUCGCCCUGCCGGUGCCCGUCAUCGUCUCCAACUUCAGCCGAAUCUACCACCAGAGCCAGAGGGCUGAGAAGAGACGGGCUCAGAGGGCGUCUAAGGAAGCAGGAAAGGCUCUGGUGUGUAAGGCCAACCCCGCCUUUGAUGUUCAGCACAGUCACCUUCUACACUGUCUGGAGAAGACCACGAACCACGAGUUCAUGGACGAGAAGACGUACGACGUGAGGUGCAGGGAGGUGACUCUGGUGAAGCAGAUGUCUCACUCUUCCUCCAUCUCCUCCUCCUCUUCCUCGCCUCACUGCUUCACCUCCUGCUGCUCGCGCAGGAAGAGGAAGACCUUCAACGUGCCCAACUCCCGCGCGGUGUCGGUGGGUCUCCACGGCAGCAUCCAGGAGCUGAGCACCAUCCAGAUCAAGGACCGCCCGCUCAGCAACAGUCGUUCCAGUCGGUCCAGUCUCAACGCUAAAUUCGAGGAGACGGUUCCCCUGAACUGUGAUCAGUACAUCACGGCCGCCGUCAUCAGCACGCCAUCGCCGCCACGCAACAACAACGCCCAGGACCACGCAUCGCCCAGCGACUACUCGCAGGCCAACAUCGUCAGGGUGUCAGCGCUGUAAUCGCACAACGCAGACACACACAGGGACACACACAGGGACACACACAGGGACACACAACGCACCCCAACGGGUCAGGAGUCACUCAGAGCUCAGCUAGCUCCGCCCACUCAGAGCUCAGCUAGCUCCGCCCACUCAGAGCUCAGCUAGCUCCGCCCACUCAGAGCUCAGCUAGCUCCGCCCACUCAGAGCUCAGCUAGCUCCGCCCACUCAGGCUGUAUUUUAUCCUUUUGUCUUCUCGGGAGGAUUUGUGUCCCAUCUAUCGCAUGCCACGGGAGAGGAAACGGAAGAACACAGAGACACACACA